AAAGAUGAAUUGAGAUUUAGUCUGUAUGCAGAAAUCACGAUCGGUAUUCAUAGUGAUAUAAUACAAAGAAUAAAUUUUGAUAAAAUGGAAGAAGAAGGGUUUAAAAAUGAUAUUAAUGUUACUUUGACAUUUCUUUCAAGUACCAACUUAUUUGAAACUUAUGCAUCUUCUUGUUUUGACGGACAUGGGAAGUUAUUACUAAAAUCUUUCGCUAAAGUGAUCAAAG